CGGGCGAGACGUAUGUCGCGUUUCCAUCGCGGCUACCGUGCGUUCGUAAUUCCCACUGUCGAAAUCUUGUAAUCCUGUUUAUUGCUUGUGAAAUCAUUCUUUUACCUUAUUGAAGUUUCAAUAUCGUUGAUAGUUUGAAGUAUAAACAUCUGUGUAAUACAUAUUUAUUUGGUGUGCAAGGUGUUAGGGCAAGAAUUUUGGUUAAAACCAAGUGAACUCAAUAACUGCGUUUGCAUAGUAUGCUUCAUAUUGUGCCCGAUGCUGUGAAGUUCCUUGCCGGUUAUGGGGCCGCGGUCGACUACAAGCACAUCGUGAUAACAAUGCAGUAUAAAUUCGCGAAGAUAUCUUGACGAUAGCUUCGUUACCGCCGCUACGUGGGUAAAUCAAGAUAUCGAAGAGUUUAAAAGUGGAACAUCAAAGACCUCUCUCGAGUUUGCUUAGCACGAGAGUUCCUCAAAGGAAGCUAGUGUUGUGCGCAUACUUCUUUCUCCAAAUAGCGCGAUAUCGUUAUCGCCCUAGUAAAUCCAUAAGUCUGUUUUCGUUAACCGAUAGCAGUGAUUGUCGAUAAACUCGUGUCGAUUUAUCGUGUAACGUUACAUAUCUAAGGUUCGUGUUUGUGCCGCGACGUGUGCCACUCGAAUCGCUACAGAUGUUAAAAGACAAUUAACAGCUGUGUUGCGUCACGUUCCGUGUGUUUGUUAUCUAUUGUAUAUCGAAUAUCGUAUGAGUGAAUUGUGAAAAUGCGUGCGGAAGAAUUGUGGUCUGGUUUAGCGGCUCUGGGAUGGAUGGUUCUGGUGGUGAAUUGCCACACGCCCGGAAGCGAACUGGAGACAGUACGUUACGGCCCGACAGAUGAGCGCUUGUCUAAAACGAUAGCGAAUAUCAACAUAACGUACACGGACGAGCACGGAGUUGUGUAUUCGGAAAUUUCGGAGUCCGGAAAAUAUGGCGAAGGAUUCGUUGGGUCAUCGAGUGGGGUCGGCGUGCACAUCAGAGCCAAGGGCCCGGGCGGGGAAAGGGACCACACCGGCUGCUCGUGGCCCCUGCUGUCAACCACCGCGCCCAAUGAACCUUUACCUCAAGAGCCCUGGAUAGCUCUCAUAAGACGAGGCAGCUGCAAUUUUGAACUAAAGGUGCAGAACGCGUGGCGCGCCAACGCUACCGCAGUCCUUAUAUACAACGACCGCGAUGCUCCAGAUCUCGACAAAAUGAAGCUGUCCACGGAUAACGGACGUAAUAUAAGUGCCGUGUUCACGUACAAGUGGAAGGGAGAAGAGAUAGCGCGUCUCAUAGACAACGGCACCAGAGUCACCAUCGCUAUAAUCAAAGGGAGGUCCUUCGCAAUCAUACCCAAAGACUUCAACAAGACAUCAGUACUGUUCGUGUCUAUAUCUUUUAUCGUGCUCAUGGUUAUAUCAUUGGCGUGGCUUGUCUUCUACUACAUACAACGUUUCCGAUAUAUACACGCCAAGGACAGGCUCUCUAAACGUCUGUGCUGCGCUGCGAAGAAAGCUUUAUCUAAAAUUCCCGUUAAGAGCUUAAAGACUGAAGACAGAGAAGUGCAAGGAGACGGCGAAUGCUGUGCUAUAUGUAUAGAGCCUUACAAAGUAUCAGAAACAUUGAGGUCUCUGCCGUGCAGGCACGAUUUCCAUAAGAACUGCAUAGACCCGUGGCUGUUGGAGCAUCGAACGUGUCCCAUGUGCAAGAUGGACAUACUAAAGUACUACGGGUUUGUGUUUACUGGGAGUCAGGAGAGUAUUCUGCAGUUAGAAGUUGAGGAAACGAGAGGUCACGCAUUGAGUCCCUCUCGUAAUAGACAUCCAUUAACUUUGUUAACGAGCGACAACUCUUACGACGAGGCGAUUAGCGAACGAAGCAGUCGCGCUUCCUCGCCGGAUCAACUGGUGCCGCGCUGUCCGCACGAGACCAGUUUCAGAUCAUGCACAUCAACCCCAUCCGGCUCACCGCGACCGAAUACCUCGCGACAACAUGACGUCGCCUCCACCAGCACCUCCAACGCUCAGGAGUGAGAAGUCAGUCCUGAUUAAAAACAACCCGCCUUGUGCCAAAAGCAUUCGCCAUACUCCAUACUUGUAGUCUGUGGUAUUUGAAGUCAGCGUUAUUUAUGAUCGAAAUUGUCUACGGUACUUACAGCCUGGAUUAUCUAUGAUCACAUAGACCAAAGUGCUAUGGAUAUUGCCGUAACAAAAGUGAGAAAGUGAUGUGUUCAUAAUAAAGAAAAAAAAAAUACUCAAAAAAAAGUUUAUAAAGAUUUUUGUGUAACUUCCAGUGAUCGGAACGUGUAAUGGUGGCCGACAAGUGAUAUUUUGUGUUUUCGUUUUUAAGAACAUUUAUCGCGUAUUUGUUUUUUUUUUUCAAGUGCAGCACCGAAAACUCCGCCUAGUCAACGAAAUAGUGUUCAUAACAUUGUCAGAAAUUAAACCUGAAAAUAAGCAUUGUUCCCUCAGUAUGUUCACUAUGGCCGCGAAAAUUCAGUAAAAAAUGAAACUCAAAUUAUGUCACUCGCAAUUAUUUAAGUAAGUUUAUGAUAGCAGCACUAUAGUCGUAUUUUUUAUUAGACGACGUCAAUUGACCUUUACUGUGUUGUCAAUUUUUGAUGAAAUAAAAAUAGUGUUGUGACAAAGUGAAUGAUUGAAAAAACUCCUGAAUUAAUGAUAUUGCCUCGAUUGUCUAGUGAAUAGUUAGUGUGCCGGACUACCGAUUUCGGGUAUGGGGUUCGAAUUUUAGUCGUGCUUUGUACAUACCAAUGAGUUUUCGACGAUUAUGUUCCUAUAGUAUCUACCUAUACUGAAUACAGAGUGUUUUAAACAGUAAGGAAAACAUUG